CCCCGUUGGCCCUGCUAGAUCCAGCCUGGUCCCAGCACCCCCCUCCCGGCCUCCGCGGGCAGUCAACGGGUGCCUCCCCGUGGGGCAGACGGGCCAAGGCCCUCAGGAGGAGGUGUGGAGGUGAGAGGCCAUCCCAGGUGAGGGCCCAGCUCUGCCUUGGAGAGUCCUCCCAGCCCCCCAGGAAACGGUAUGAAGGAAGGCUCCCCACCCCUGUUCCUCUUCCCUCAGUUCCUAGCAGCCAGGAAGAGGCUUGAGGGAGUUCAUGACCACCCCCCCAAAACGAGGGGCUCAUGUUUGUGGGUCCCACGAGGUUUCUCACAGGGGUCUUUGUCCUAAGGAGGUUAAGGACCUUGGCCUUCCAUAAUCUAUCCCUAGUUGGGGGCAGGAUUUGAGCUGUAGUCUGACUCUCAGGCUGCCCCCCACGAGAGGAGUCACAGGCACCGAGGAGGUCUUCAGGACGGGUCGUUGUUCCUGGAGACGGUGAGCAGGCUCACCCCUCGCCCUCCUCCGUGGUGUCUCUGACAGAGUGAUCACUUGCUCCUCACAGGAAAGAGUGGGGUCCUGGGGCUUCACCCCCAUCCUGGGCUCCUGUCUCCACUACUCAUCCCCCUUCACCCCACAGACCCCUGCAUGCCCCUCCCCAACUUCCACAACAGCGCCUUCAUCCUUUGCCACUAGAGACCUUCAGCAGCUCGGCUGAGCCCUCAGUUUCAGUGUGGGGGGUGGGAAGGGCACACCUGAGCUGAGGCUGAAGUGGGGGGGGGGGUUUCUAGGCCGUUGCCUGGGCGAUGCCACCUGAGCUGGGCACCGGCACCUGUUGCCGGGGGAACAGUGCGGGCGGGGCCCCUCCCUUGGGAGCAGCCAGGGCCACUGGGCUGAGACUGGAGACGGAUCGGAUUCCUGAGAGUCCCCGGCGGGCAGGGGGGCAGGGGGACAGGGGCGGGGGUGUGCGAUACUGGGGGAUCUGGGCGUGUUUGCAACGUAGAGUGAAACGGGGUCGCAGGGAGCAAAGACGACAAGAAGGGGUGGCUGGGGGAGGAGUAGGAGGCGGCUCAGGAAGGCCGCCGAGCCUCCGCUUCUCAGUGCAGAGCCUGUUACUUUUAUGACCCCCCCCCCAAUCCUUACUCCCCAGCUGGUCCUCAGUCUCCCCUUUCCUUUGUCCCUGUGUUCCCACCGGCCCGGAUGUUCUUUCCUCCCCCGCUCCCGGUCUCCGUCCCGCCUCCCAGGCUCCCCACCCCACCCCCGCCGCCUUCUCCCUGUAGCUCAGGCUUCACCGCUCUCAGCUUUGCUGCCCCUCCCCUGCCUCGGCCUCAAAACCCCACCUGCGUCUGGGAGCCGGCCCGAGUCCCCAGGUGACACCCACAGCGGGUGUGCUGCUCGGGCGUGAACCUGUGCCUGCCGGAGGGACAAGGCUCUCUGCAGCCCGAAGGUGGGUCAGGAGGGUCUGUGCAAGCUGGGUCAGACGGGCGGCAGCUGGGACGCCAGGACGUGAGUGCCUACAGGGUGGCAGGAGCAGCGUCCACCGGGCAUCUGAUGGGCAACGGGCCCCUCGAAGGGACACCGCUACUCCGCUGAGCGGGACUGUGAGACUGUGAGAUCCACUUGUGCGUGUGGGGGUCAGAGAGGUGCUUUGCAAGAGGCCCACAGAUGUGAGGACGGUCCUGGCCGAGGACACAGACUUCCCCACGUUCUGGGCACCGAGACCCCCACCCGGCGGCCCCUGACGUACCCCUGUGAGUCAAGCGGGCCGUCUAGGGUUAAGAAGACCUGAGGGGACAGAUGGCGUCAGCCGGCCUUGAACUCCUGGGCAUGACCCUGUCCGUGCUGGGCUGGCUGGGCACCCUGGUGUCCUGUGCCCUGCCCCUGUGGAAGGUGACCGCCUUCAUCGGCAACAGCAUCGUGGUGGCCCAGGUGGUGUGGGAGGGGCUGUGGAUGUCCUGCGUGGUGCAGAGCACGGGCCAGAUGCAGUGCAAGGUGUAUGACUCCCUGCUGGCGCUGCCCCAGGACCUACAGGCCGCCCGCGCCCUCUGCGUCGUCGCCCUCCUGUUGGCUCUGCUCGGGCUGCUGGUGGCCAUCACGGGGGCCCAGUGCACCACCUGCGUGGAGGACGAAGGUGCCAAGGCCCGCAUCGUGCUCACCGCAGGGGUCCUCCUCCUCCUCUCGGGCAUCCUGGUGCUCAUCCCGGUCUGCUGGACCGCGCACGCCAUCAUCCAGGACUUCUACAACCCCCUGGUGGCCGAGGCCCUCAAGCGGGAGCUGGGGGCCUCCCUCUACGUGGGCUGGGCCGCCGCCGCUCUGCUCAUGCUGGGCGGGGGGCUCCUCUGCUGCACGUGCCCCCCACCCCAGAUCGACCGGCCCCGAGGACCCAGGCUGGGCUACUCCAUCCCCUCCCGCUCAGGUGCGUCCGGGCUGGACAAGAGGGACUACGUAUGAGGCGGAAUGAGGCGGAGAGCGUCCCCGGAAGCCCGCUGCUCAGAGCCCUGACCUGGUGCCGGAUGCCCUGUGGCAACCCUUGCCCU